CCGCUGAAUCCCGCGAGCUGUCCUAGACCUGUACCACCUUUCUAUAUCAUUUCCCAUAUCAUCUUCGUCCACUUUCCUUGCUAUACGGUCUUUCUCCUUGAGUACUCCCUAUUUCACAACUUGACGGAUUGUAUACCACCUGGAGCUCUAAUUGGCGUCCUCCAUACUGUUCCAAUAUCGAUAUCCUCCUCCACAACUAAGCUAACGAGAUCGGUUACUGUUGCUUGCAUCUAUCUUUCCUCCGGCUAAAUUGGUACGUAUCUUUCUGUCACUGGCAUUUAAGAGAGGAACCACAACAUCAUAUAUGUGUGUGACUGCGAGUCUAUACGGACACAACACCCGAUGUCUCGCUAUGGACAACUUCACUCUGCUAUCCGUCGAUUUCAAUGAUUCACUAUUCGUUUCCCCCCCUCAGGUCUUCAAUUAAAUACUCUUUCUGGUCACUCCCAUACCCCAAUAUACCCAAGCCAACUGCUAGUAUUCUCAUUGCUCUCAUACCACACUCAGAACAAUGUCGAACCCUGUUUCACCGGAUGGUGCAACUAGGAACCCGGCGGCUUCCUCGUCUGCUACCAAUGGGGCACCGACGAAAUCUUCUUCCGGCUUGAUUCCCACCAAUACUGUUACUACAAAGGACGGACUGACUGUUCGCGUCCGCAUCGAGCCAACUCUUGCCGUGGACGACGUGAUACGUCAGCUAUGUAUCAAUCUCAAGAUCAAGGACCCACCUGGUGUAUUCGCUUUGAGAGAUGAUACGGAUGAGCUUGUGACGAACGACAACUUGAGGCAGAAGAUCAAAGGGAAGGUCAACCUGAAACUUGUCAACGCUCCUGCCAUUGAAGCUGCAGAGAUAGUUGAAAAACUCGCUGCAAAGGAUGCACGCCUCGGGCUAACUCUCACAGCCCUGCGCAAAUACAUCAAGGAAGAACAAUUUGCUAAUGAAUUCCUGAAUCGUGAUGGGCUCCGAGAGCUUAUUGGAGUUAUAAGCUACAGCCAUGGAAAUACCCUCGCUUAUGCCUUGACCGCUAUGCAGAACCUCAUGGAGCUCGAUCACGGCUGGGCGGAUCUGUCCGAGAGCUUCAUCCUCAAGAUCGUUCAAAUUCUAGCUUCCGAACAGUCUCUCAUCAACGUAUGUCGCCCCGCAACGGCCAUUCUCAAGAAGCUCGUGGAGGCGAACCCGGCCAGUGCACCAGGUCCUCAAAUACCUAGCUCAAGCAAAGCACCUCCAACACCUGCUCCGGGCUCGGUGUAUAGGUACGGCUUCGAGGCGGUGUUCGAGCAGAUGAGGAAAGAAAAACGAAUGUUGGAGACUGUCGUCAGUCGCUUGGGUAGUGCAGAUACGACUAUGGCGCUUUACAGUAUGAUGUUGAUUAAUUCUCUCAUGGCUCACGCGACCGAUGCUCGUUGGGAGGAGUUCAUGGGCGCGCUCGAGAGACUGAAUGUCCACAAAGCCGUCAUUGGUCUGAUGUCUUCACAUACAAUCGAAGACCUUACGUCCUGUAUAUUGGAUUACCAAGCCAACGUCGUCCGCGCAACGUAUCGACGGAAGAUGACGAUGGUGGAGCCCGAUAUCGACCCGUCCCAUGCAAACGCCCUCGCAUUCGUUUGGUCCAAGAGCAAAGUUCACGAGGAGCUGGAAGCUACCGGCGGCGUAAGAAAAUGGAGACAGAUUGGUUUUGAUACGGAAGAUAUCAGCCAGGAAUUCCAUGAGGUUGGGGUACUUGGUUUGCAAUGCCUGGUAGCACUUGUGUCGAAAGAUCCAGACUACUUUGCAAAGAUCGUUCAGGAGCAGCUGAGUAGACCGGAGGAACGUCGAUGCCCUAUUGCGAAGGCAUCGAAUGAAGUUGUCGACUUGCUCUCAGAGCAUUGGGCAAUCUUCGGGUCUUAUUCUGCAGCAACUACGUUUCAGCCAUUCUUCUUGAACUUUGAGAAAGUGCAUGGACUAGCGACCCAAUUUUUCCUGCGUAUGUGGAACGAGAGUGGUGCAUCUAGAGGUGACUUUUCUCGAGUCGUUGCACUUGCGAGAAGCCAGGUGAAGGAGGCGUUGCGGAAGGAGAACGUAAGGCCGUGGCAUGAGGUCGAACGGGAAUUCCUUGAGAGCGAGUAUCGGGCUGUCCGGGACCGUCAAAUGAAGGAACUAGAGAUGGAAGACGACGUCAUGAGCAAGGUUCCAAUACGUAACCUACGAGCGAAACUAUACAAAGAUUCUCUGGAGUUUGUUCGCCAACAGAGAAUACACUGCCUGUUACAGGGUGCAUGGUUUAUGAAUGCUAUUCCUCUAGCGACAAACAUUCCUCGGGAUACGAUGCGAAAGCCCACCAUGCCGUGGCGUUUCAUGCGAUUGGAUAACGGACUAAAAUACCUGCAUUACAUGGAUAGCCAAGUGAAGUUUGUCGUUCGGAGCGGGCUGGAGGAUCUUCCCGACCGAAUCGACAUAUCGCUAAUUAGUGAAGUUGCUACGGGAAAUUGCGCGGCAUUUCCGAAUAUCUUACGAGAACAGGGAGAAGUCAGUUACAGUCCAACGUCUCAACUGCAAGCCUCGCCUCUGUCAUUCGCACUGCUGACUGCUGGAGGUGGGUUGCUUGCGGCUCAAAUUGCGCCCGAUAAAUCAAGAUGGGCCGAUUGGACCGAUGGACUGAAUAUGCUAAGGAGAGAUGGGGGACAUGUUGCAUCUCAAGAGACCGAGAUGUUUGUCCAAGCGUUAACUGAGAUUGGUCUGAAGAUUAGGCUGCUAAAUCUUUCGGGAGACAGAGCCGAGAUCCCCAGUGGGAUUGUUGCCGGUCCUCCCCCGACUAAUAAUGAUUUCUUCUUUUCGGAUUUGUUGUAUGAUACCCAGGGAUAAGUUGUAUGGUUGAUUUGGAUGGAGCUACUGCAGUGUAACCAUGGUAUGCACAAAAUGUGCUUGGUUCUUCAAAAGUGAUAUAAGAUGGACAUUAUAUUUUAUGUUUCGACAUUCGUAUACUCAAAUGUACUGCUUCCAGUCCUCCUGCAGUCUCUUCGCGCUAAAUCGUCGGAGCGCGUAUCGAUACCCAGCACGUGCACGGCGCGUCGCUGCAUUCACACGCGUUGCGGAUGCGGAUGAGAUCGACGACCACCAUAUACCCUUCUUUCGCUUUCAUUAUACUCCUAGCUGAGAAUAUACCGCCUUCAAUCUUG